AUGCCCACAACAACAACAAGAGAACCUCAAGGGGUACCCGGUACCUCUGGGCAACAAGACCGCACCGUUACAAAGCAGCACGUUGCCAUGAGAGGGGGUAGCAACCAUACUACUACAACUUCAACUACAGUGCCUUCUCCAUCAAGACAUCUUUUACAGUUUUUUCAAACGGAUAGCGACCAUGAUGUGUCUUUAAACAUUUACCGUGGUCGUCGUCGUCAUCAACAUGAUCAUCAGCAACGCUACACUUUUUACUACGAACCCUAUCAACACAGCACCACCAACCAUCGUCGUCAUCGUCAGCGACAUUCAUCAUCAAAAGCCUCCUCCUCACCCUUGUUUCCCGAUCUUCCAUCCUUCUCUUCCUCUUCCUCUUCUUUUUCCUCUUCUUCCUCUUCAUCUUCUUACUUGGUCGAUUCUUCUAGUCCCAGUGAUGAGCAAUUGAUAUUCCAUUCUGAUAUUAUGGAUGAUACAGCCAUUUUCGAUGAUUUCACCCAAUUGGCUGCAGCUGAAGAUACUUUCAUUCCUUCUUCUCCUUCUACUACUACCAUUGUUCCCGACGAUGAUUUCGUAUUGUUUCCUUAA